CCUCCUCCUCUCCUCUUUCCGCCGCCACGCUAAACCCUAAACCGCCGCCGCAGCCGCCAUGUCGCCGCCGACGCAGCCGCAGCUGAAGGACAAGGCGGCGCACGAGGUGCCGCGCGCGACGGCGGCCAGCGCCGUGGCGUCCCUCACCAAGUGGAUGCGCGAGCGCGCCGCGGAGGCGCCGCCGAACUUGCUCGCCGACGAGCGCGACGACCUCGUCGUGCUCCAGCUCUCGCUCCGCCGCGUCCCGCCCAAGCCCACCACCAAGCCGCACCUCCUCCCGCUCCCGCACCCCGUCGUCGCCCACUCGGCCGCCUCCGUCUGCGUCAUCUCCGACGACCGCGCCGGCUCCGGCUCCCCCGCCGCCGCCGCCAUCCUCGACGCCGCCAGGUCCCUCAAGCUGCCCGUCUCGGAGGUCGUCCCCUUCUCCGCCCUGCGCACCGACUACCGCCCCUACGAGUCGCGCCGCCGCUUCGCCGCCUCCUACGACCUCUUCCUCGCCGACCGCGCCCUGCUCCCCAUGCUGCCCCGCCUCCUCGGCAAAUCCUUCUACUCCACCAAGAAGGCCCCCAUCGCCGUCGACUUCACCCGGGCUGGCUGGCCGGAGCAGGUCCGCAAGGUCCUCAGCUCCACUUUCCUGUACCUGCGGACCGGGACCUGCUCGGGGAUCAAGGUGGGCAGGCUGGACAUGGAGGAGGAGGAGAUCGUUGACAAUGUGAUGGCGGCAGUGGAGGCUGCCGUGGAGAAGGUGCCCAAGAAGUGGGAAAACGUGAGGGCUCUGCAUUUGAAGGCUGUGGAUUCGGUUGCACUGCCAAUUUACCAGGUUGUGCCGGAGUUGGGCAUGAAGAUUGAGGUUCCGGUUGCGCGAUUGGAAGCAGGAGUUGGUGCCGGAGAGGUCAUCGAUGCUGCAGAAGUUGGGACUGGCAGCAAGCGCAAGGACAAGAAGAUGAAGGCGCUGAAAGAUGCCAAUGGUGGAGCUGAAGGUUUGAAGUACAAGAGGAAAAGGAACAAGAAGGAUCAGACUGAAGAUGCUGUGAUGGAAGAAGCCCCAGAGGUGACUGAGAAGAGGAGGAAGAAGGAGGCUGCUCCUUCGGUAGAGGAGCUUUCUGCUGGUGAGGACCUGAAGACCCCAAAGAAGGGCAAGGAUAAGAAGCGUGCUUUGGACAAGGAGGUGGAUGAUGCCAGCCCUGCAGAAAAGAAGGGUAAGAAGAGUCAGCGUGAAACCAAGGAAGCCAGCAACAAGAAAAGUAAGGGCAAGCAAGCACCCGAGGAGGUGGAGGAUGUUGGCAGCAAGAAGAAUAAGGGGAAGAAGAAGAAGAGCAUGAAGGGUGAUUCUGAUGAUGGUGAAAUCCUUUUUGAUGGGGAAAGCACUCCUGCUGCCCUUAUAGCUGACAAGGAAGAGAAGAAGAGCAGGGGAAAGAAAUCAAGUGGUGAUAAGAUGAAGAGAUCCAGGGCAAGGGUAUAAGGUUGUACUUGUUUUUCCUGAAGUUGAUGCUUGUCAGUUGAAUGCCAAUCUCUUGAAUUGAGACCAAGCUUGUUGUAUGCAUAGAUAAGCUGGUUAAUCUGAUUACUGUCAGCUGUGAGAAGCAAUCAUUGCCGUAUCUGCUUUUUUUUUUUGUAUUAGGAGAUUGCACUUGAGAUUAUACUGCUGAGUGUAAUAUGGGGGUGCGGGGGAAUGUCUGGAGUAGUUUCUUCAGAUUUUAGUAGCUUAUAAAGCUUUGGGGUAAAAGUUAUGGUGGAACUGUUUCUCUUUUCAUCUUUUGUAACCCAUCUGGUAUGCAACAAUUUUGUGCUAGUCUGAUACUACUAUGAACGUGUUGGUCUGUCUUCAA